CAAGCGUUGAGUUGACGCUAGCUUUAGCGAGAUAUUCACCCUCAGUUCAACACUUAUAUCUCAAUAAUAUACAUUUUCACACAGCAUGGAGCAGGAGUGUUUUCAGGAGGAACUGCGAAGAGCUCAGAGAAAACUACUUAAAGUUUCAAGAGACAAAAGUUUUCUGUUGGACAGGCUGCUGCAGUAUGAAAGGGUGGAUGAAGAGUCUUCUGAUUCCGAUGCCACCGUUUCCUCAGACAGUGAAGGAGAGAGAGACAAAGACAGCGAAACUGUGAAGAAGAGGAGAAGUCCUGGAGUUCCUCCCAUCUCUUCUUCUUCCCCUCAUCUCUCGCUCCUGUCUCAUUCUUGUGCGGUUCCUCUCCAGUCAUCUGCUCCUGCACAGUACAUUAACACUUUACCCUUCCCUCCUGAGUAUUUGGCUCCCUCUGCUGAGCGAGUGAAGAGAGAGAGAAAAACAAAACUGGAAAAACACAGGAAAGACUGUUCAGGGAAGGUGGUUAGCCCACUGACCUCUAAUUACCCUGCAGGCAGUGAUGCAUCUGGAGGUGCGAGUGGACCAUUCAGCUGGGUCCCACAGCAGAUGCUGAGUGAAGAUGCAGCUGGUGAAGAGGGAGACAGCGAGGGAGAGAGUGACAUAGGAGAGGAGGAGAGAGGAGAGGGGGACGAGGCAGAGCUGGUCAUUGACAUACCGAAUGAGUGAGGGUGAAGGCGAAGGUGUCUAUAUCAGCUUUUAUAGUUCCUACAUGAUCUGUUAUAUCAGAAUGAAUCUGUUAUUGCCUGAUGUAGAGAUCUUGCAAACUAGAUGACACACACACACACACACACACACACACAGGUUGCUGGAUCUGUGUUUUAUGAGACAUUUGGUUGUGUAACAGAUUGAGUUACCUAAAAACACCUGACUCAUCAUAGAUACUGGAUAGUUACAUUCUUUAAAGACUUCUGAGCUGCAGUACAUCUGUAAAUGCAAGUGUGUGCAGUAAAUUUAGAGUGGUGGAGCUCACCUAACAUUAUUUAGAAAACAAGACAGGAGGAAAGAGAGAGAGUGGGGGAAGCAGAAUGAAGAGCCACACCCAUAUUUCCCCCAAGCACAUAAAUACCAGUUGAGACAUGUUGCUUUGUGAUUAUGAAACAUGCACACACACUCGCACACAAACUGAAAAUACAAUACAUAAUGAUAUUU